AUAAAGAAAAUGGCUUGCUCCGAGACCCGUCAGCGGGGUUAGCUCUCUCUCCCCUCUUCGUCUUGACAAUUCGAAACUGCCGGGGAGGAGCUUGAGGGGCACCAAAAGCACAUUACAUUACCGUUGAUGCAGCAAUCGCAUCAUACAUGCAGUAAUUCAUAGGCAUCGUAUAUUUAUAUUCCAGACUCCAAUAUUCGUAUCACACAGUGGCAUUUAGACUAAUCGCAAAAAUGGCCUUCGAGACCAAAGCCACCAUCGCCAAUUUCGGCGGCAAGCUGCUCAAGCUGCAACACCAGUCCUCCAGCACAGGCACCCCUAUGGACGUGAACCUAUUCCUACCUCCCGCCGCAGUCUCCGGGUCUAAGGUUCCCGUGCUCAUCUACCUAUCCGGUCUAACUUGUACGCCUCAAAACUGCACCGAGAAGGGCUUCUUCCAAGCGCACGCCGCGCGCAAGGGCAUCGCCCUGGUAUGGCCCGACACCUCGCCCCGCGGCGCAAACCUACCCGGCGAGACCGAGAGCUGGGACUUCGGCGCGGGCGCGGGGUUCUACGUGGACGCGACCCAAGCGCCCUGGAGCGCGCACUACCGCAUGGAAUCGUACAUAUCGUCGGAGCUGCCGGCCGCGCUCUUCGCCGCGUUCCCCGAAUCUCUCGAUUCCGAGCGCGUCAGCAUCACGGGCCACAGCAUGGGCGGGCACGGCGCGCUGACGCUGUUCCUCAAGAACCCCGGCAAGUACCGCAGCGUAAGCGCGUUUGCGCCCAUCGCGAACCCGUCCCUGUGCCCCUGGGGCGAGAAGGCGUUUUCCGGAUACCUGGGCGCGGACCGCGAGGCGUGGAAGAAGCACGAUGCUACGGAGCUGGUGAGGGGGUGGGCGGGGAAGGAUAUCAAGGCGUUGGUUGAUGUGGGGACGGGGGAUAACUUUUAUAAGCAGGGGCAGUUGUUGCCGGAGAACUUUGAGAAGGCGGUUAAGGAGGCGGGGGUUAAGGGGUUGGAGUUGAGGUACCAGCCGGACUACGAUCACUCGUACUUCUUCAUGUCGACGUUCGCCGGGGAUCAUGUCGAGCAUGCUGCGAAGUACCUACUCUCGUAAGAGCAUUUGUCCUUGGACGGCCGCAACACUCAGAAUCCGAUGGUAGAUUGUGUAUGCUUCUCUAAUUUUGGACUUACCGGGUUGGGGCGAUGUAAAAGGAACAGAGACUCUAGUAAUAGUGGUAACGGAGAAGGCAAUAACAAGAAUCUAAGUUAAGCAAAGAUGAAAUUCACCUGUCAUGAGAGCAAUGAGAACUCGUAAAAAUUCGGAAUAUAUAAUAUAUACCCUCAAUAUCGACUCGCUUAAAGAAUUCAAAAAUAAUUCUUUGUUCAGAUUACUUGGUAUAUAUUGACAUUUGAAGCCGCGGAUAUCUUCAGGCAAGAAAAAAGACAACAAUUCGCUCCGAGUGCAUCGCUAGGUCUGAACCACUUUAAUCUUCUGCUU